AUGAAGCCGCGGUGCUCUUCGGAGGUGGUGAAGCCAUCUGAGCUCUUUCUGGAUCUUAUGAUGCGGGCGCCCUCAGCACGAAAGUUGCUGAACGGGCCCUGGAAGUUCCGACUGUUGCGGAGGAGUGGCUAUGGCGAUGCAAGGACAACAGAGCCUGGGGACGUGAGCAAGAAAGCAAACCCAGUGAUUCUGUUUACGUCCAAUUUCUACUACGUGUCGGUGGUGUCCAACGACCAGGCCUUUGCACUUGUGACGAACCACGCCACGGGGCUGGGGGCCUGCUGGGGCAACACCCGCUUCGGCGGCGACUGCAGCGCUGUGGACUUCACUGGAGUGACCCAGGUCCAUUCCAACGAGUUCGCCUUUGUGGCGCUCAAGGAUGGCAGCGCCCAGUGCUGGGGCGACGCCUCGGGAGGAGACUGCACUGGCGUGGACUUCACAGGUAUGACACGGCUGUAUGGCACGGACUACAGCUUCGCAGCCUUCGACCCCGCGAACGGCCGAGGCGUGUGCUUCGGGAACCCCGCGUAUGGCGGGGACUGCAGCAGUGUGGACUUCAGCCAGGUCUCUGAGAUCUACGCCAACCUGCUGGCCUUCGUGGCGCUGAGCCCAUCGGUGGGCACGGCCCAGUGCUGGGGCUUCGGCUCCUACGGUGGGGACUGCGGCGCCGUGGACUUCCAAGGCGUCACGGAGGUGGUUGCCGGCAACUACGCCUUUGUGGCCUUCAACAAGAACGCGGGCACCAUCAGCUGCUGGGGUUUCGCCAGUUAUGGAGGAGAUUGCAGCAUGGUGACUGUCGAGGGCAUCACGGACAUAUACACCAACGGUUUGGCCUUCCUGGCCAUCAACAAGAACACCGGCCUUGGACAGUGCUGGGGCAAUGCGGUGGCUGGCGGCGACUGUUCCGGCAUCGACUUCAGUGGAGAGGUGGAGAUCCACUUCACGCAGUACGCCUUCCUUGCGCUGAAGGCCGGCACCGGCCAAUGCUGGGGCCACGCCUCCUACGGCGGCGACUGCAGCGCUGUGCCCUUCGGCACCAUGACCCACGUGCACAGCAACGGCUACGCCUUUGUGGCCCUGGAUGCGAACAACGGCUUCGCACGGUGCUGGGGUUUGGCCGCUUACGGAGGCGAUUGCAGCGGCCAGAACUUCGAGGGCCUCACCCAUCUCUACUCCACCAGCUCCGCCUUUGUCGCCCUCAACCCGGUGACCGGAGCCGCGCUGUGCUGGGGCAUCGCAACCUCCGGUGGCGAUUGCAGCGGACAGGACCUCAGCGGAUUCUCGGAGGUCCACUCCAACUACGGGGCCUUUGUGGCGCUGAACCCGGCGCAGCGCGCGGGGCUCGCCUGGGGCUCCGCCACGCAGGGCGGCGACGCCACGGGGGUCGACUGGUGGAACCUCCUGCACGUGCCCACGGAAACGGCGACCAGCACCGUGACGCUGACCAGCACACUGACCAGCGUCACUAUGACAAAUACGGCGACUACGUUUACUACCACUAGCACCGCCACUGCCACGAGCGUGACGAGCACAGAAACAACAGUGACGAAGACCACUACUGCGACCACCACUGGAACGACCGUCACCCAGUCAAGCACUGUGACCAGCACCACCCUCACAACCACCACCAUGACCAGCGUGACUGAGACCAGCACUGUGACCAGCACGACCCUCACAACCACCACCAUGACCACCGUGACUCAGACCAGCACUGUGACCAGCACUGUGACCAGCACCACCCUCACGACUACCACCCUGACCACCGUGACUCAGACCAGCACUGUGACCAGCACCACCCUGACCACAACCACCAUGACAACCGUGACUCAGACUAGCACUGUGACGAGCACGACCCUCACAACCACCACCAUGACCAGCGUGACUCAGACCAGCACUGUGACCAGCACGACCCUGACCACAACCACCAUCACCACCGUGACUCAGACUAGCACCGUGACCAGCACGACCCUCACAACCACCACCAUGACCACCGUGACUCAGACUAGCACCGUGACCAGCACGACCCUCACAACCACCACCACGACCAGCGUGACUCAGACUAGCACCUUGACGAGCACGACCCUCACAACCACCACCAUGACCAGCGUGACUCAGACCAGCACUGUGACCAGCACGACCCUGACCACAACCACCGUCACCACCGUGACUCAGACUAGCACCGUGACCAGCACGACCCUCACAACCACCACCAUGACCACCCUGACUCAGACUAGCACCGUGACCAGCACGACUCUCACAACCACCACCAUGACCACCGUGACUCAGACUAGCACCGUGACCAGCACCACCCUCACAACCACCACCAUGACCAGCGUGACUCAGACAAGCACUGUGACCAGCACCACACUCACAACCACCACCAUGACCACCGUAACUCAAACCAGCACUGUGACCACUGUGACGCAGACCAGCACUGUGACCAGCACCACCCUCACGACUACCACCCUGACCACCGUGACUCACACCAGCACUGUGACCAGCACGACCCUCACAACCACCACCAUGACCACCGUGACUCAGACCAGCACUGUGACCAGCACCACCUCUACGACUACGUUGACCACUGUGACAACGACCCUGACAACUGUGACAAUGACCAGCACAACUUCCUCAACGACCACCACGGUCUUUCGUGGAAGAUGUGCCAAUGUUUGCAAGAUCAUCAUGAACAGCUGGAAGGGCGUGUGUGACUGGAAGAUCUGCAAGGGCUGCGAGCGGUGCAACAUCGAGGAGCCCGAGCCGGAGCCCGCCAUGGAGCCCUGCUCCAGCGUUUGCGACUCCUACCGCAAGAACGCGAACAAGGGAAACGAGUUCGGCUUCCUCUGCGUGAAAGAGAGCAAGAAGGGAAAUAGGUGCUAUACGCCUUUGAGCUGGGGUCAAGCUCGGUGCCUGCCCACCCACUCGCGAUGCCAGUUGGAGGAGACCACCACUUCGGAGUCUCCGGAGGUUGCGGAGGGCAACAAGGGCAAGGGCAAAGGCAAAGGCAAGUCGGGCCGAAGCCUUCGGGGUGCGGCCUAA